AUGGUGCUGUGUGCUGCACCAAACUGUAAUAUCCGAUACGGACAGGGUGUGUCUAUGUUUGCUUUCCCCGAGGAUCCAAAAUUAUGCCAAAUUUGGGUAAGAAAGCUGAAAACCAUUAAUUAUUGGCCAUCCAAACAUUCAAAGCUUUGCGAGAAGCAUUUUACCCCAGACUGUUUUAUAAUUGAGCCUUCCAGAGCGCGAUGCAUGAGGUAUAAUCGACUCCAGUUAAAAAAAGAUGCCAUACCUAGCAUGUUUGACUAUACUCCAUUGAAAACUAAAGCCAUUAAAGGCCAUAAAAGGAAAACGGCAGAUGGAUGUUAUACCAAAACAAGUCGGACAUCGAAAGUUCUGGAGAAAAGACGUGCACUCGCAAACCUUAAUGAAGAUGCAGAGAUUAUUCUUCCUCCUCCGAGCCAGUUUCAGGACAGCCCAGAGACUCUAAACACAGAACCAAGCUGUCAAAGUGGAGCACACACAAUGACUUUUGAAAUGUCUACACAGACUACUUAUGGGUUGAUGAAACGCAGGCAUGUCUCCAUACAGACAGAGAUUCGGCCCAGUACAAUAUCCACUGGUACCCAAACAGAAACACUGUUUUCAUUGGAUGCACCUGAGGACCUUGACGAGAGCUUCGAGUCACUGGCCAGCACAGAUUCUGCAGCUUCAGAAUGGAUGAAAACAACAACAUAGAUCAUCAUGAUAUUCCUCAUGAUAU